AUGGGCCAACUCAACGUGCGCUCCAAGCUCUGGCUCCCGGCGCUCGGCCUAGCGCUCAUUUUCUUGAUCGUCAGAGCCUUCCACAGACCGCUGGACUCGUAUACUCCAGAACAGAUCAACGACAUGUUUCAGGAUAAACAGGCUUCGCUAGUGCACGUCCGCAAGGUGGAGCUUCGUGAACAGGGGCUCUGGCGGCCGUACAUCGAUGCCGAGACGCUCCGGUCGCCCAAUUGGAACUUGGCUGGAAACUACCAGAUCAAAGAGGACCUGGUGCGUUUGGUUUCGGAUUCUCAGCAGCAGGUGGCCAACAUGUUCACCAAAAUGCCCAUCCAGGCGCAGUCCUUUGAGAUGGAGCUCACGUUUCACAUUCAGAGCAAGAACACAAGGAACUUGUAUGCGGACGGAAUGGCGGUGUGGUUCUUGGAUGAGGCUUCUCCCUUGGGCGAUGUGUUUGGCGCUAAGAACUACUUCACGGGAUUGGGCAUUUUUGUUGACACGUACCGAAACGGCAAGCAGAAUCUGUUCCCACACAUUGUGGCGAUGGUGGGCGACGGACGUACGGAAUACUCGAAAAUGGCCGACGGCUUCGAUACCAUGUUGGCGUCCUGCCGGGCCAGAAAAGCCGUCAAUCCGGAGUCUGGCAGUGUUCGUAUGAGAAUCGUGUACUUGAAGGACGGCUACUUGUCGUUGGAUUUGAACUACGAGCCGGAUAACGACAAGAAAUGGCGGAACUGCUUCACCGUUUCGGACGUCAAGCUUCCCGUGGUGAAAUACCUCGGUUUCAGUGCCGAAACAGGUGAGCUUUCCCAUUCUGUUGAUAUCAUUGAAAACAAGGUGUUUGCAUUGUACCACCCCGAGUCCAACGACUUUGUGGCGUCCAUCAAGGACUUCCAGAACAUGAUCGAGACGCAGCAGGAGGUGAGCGAUAAAACUACCAAAAACAGAAAGGUAAGAAACGCCAGAAAAUCCAUGAGAAGACUCAAGUCUGCCGAGCGCAGAAUCAAGGAAAAGGAGCGCAGGCUUCGACAGGAAAAGUACGGCGAUCCGGAUGCCACGCUUAUGGUUCGGAUUGGCCGCAUGUCGCUCACCAUCAUGAAGUGGGCGUUUGUUGCUUUCUUCCUUGGUGUGUUCUCCUACAUUGGGUACAAUGUGUAUCGUACUCGGAAGCAAACACGCCGCUCCAAGGCAACGGGUUUGUUAGAUUAG